AUGGCUUGCAGCAUUGACGUUCUUCAACACGACGCCUCACCACCACCACCUGCCUACCACGACGGCGGUGCCAUCGAGCGGCCACCCUCCUACCGGCACGGACACCUAGUGCGUCAUCAUCCAUAUGGACGGCAUACACACAACCUCCUUCAACGACUGCUGCUCACUCCCUACGCCUAUGAAGACUACGAGCCCACAAGCCUCGGGAAUGACGCCGUUGUUGGGCUAUACACUGGAGCUGAGGAUAGUGCCGCGGCAAGCUCCGUCGUCGGCGGCGGCGAACAUACGAACACGUCUUCUCCGGCUUCGUCUACUAGCGCUCGACCUGUAUCACGCGAUGCUUCCAGCUCUCUCCACGACGCGCAGAGCUGUUCGCCACCCGAAUACCGGCCUAUAGUGUCCACGUCGCGUGCACUAAAGCGCAAACGCGACGAAUUCGAGGGGCAGGGCGAUCCUGAAUAA